CGUGUGGAGUGCGCUCUUCUAUAUAAGUACAAAGUAGCAGUGCAUCGCUCGCUGGUGAUUAGUGAUUAUACAAUACUAUUAAAGCGUGCUGCAGACGUAAGACCAGAGCUUGCCAAAGUGUUUUAUUAUAUACUUUGGUUUUUGCUACAUGUGGGCAAAUAAACAUUAGGAGUCUGUCAGGAGUAGUGUUAUUAUCUGUACUCUCUGUGCUUAUGCAGAACUACAUCACUAGGGAACAUGGCGAUCUCAUUCGACGAUAUCUUGAAGGAAAUAGGAGAAUUUGGACGUUACCAAAAGAUACAAUAUUUAUUGUUAUGUUUUGUGUCGAUAUUUUCCGCAUUCCUCUCAUUUAACAUGGUCUUCACUGGAGCCACCCCGGAACAUUUUUGCAAACGGACACCAGACGAAACCUGGUCUAACAUUACACCUUGGUAUGAUAACACCACAUAUUUCUUGAACCGUUCUUCAAUCGGCGAUUCUAUUGGAUUAAAUACAUCAUCGAGAGAGCAAUGUUUUACCAUAGAGAGAAGUAUUAAUGGAUCUGAUGUUAAAUCGGCUUGCAAAUAUGGCUGGAUUUACAGUACAGAAGAGUAUUCAUCUACAAUUGUUUCACAGUGGAACCUUGUUUGUGAUAACAAAUGGCAGAGAGGAACCGCAAAAUCGAUAUUCUUUGCUGGCCGUCUAGCAGGUGCAUUGAUCUUUGGUCAACUCUCUGAUAGAUUUGGUAGGAAGCCGGUGUUUAUAAGCGCCCUAUGUCUCCAGAUAGUAUCGGGGGUGAUCGUGGCACUGUCGGUGAAUAUGAUCAUGUUCUACGUGUUUUAUUUGAUUUUGGGAAUGAUGCAGACUGGUGUCUUCUUGGUCGCCUAUGUAAUGGGGAGCGAAUUGGUUGGUCCGUCAUACAGGAAAAUCGCGGGGUUCGGAAUCCAAUAUUUUUAUUCAAUUGGAUAUAUGAUCCUCGCAGGGUUAGCUUAUUUGAUCAGGGACUGGCGACACCUUAUGCUCACGAUAAGCAUACCUGGUGUUGUGUUUUGCUCAUAUUACUGGAUUCUGCCAGAAUCAGCCAGAUGGCUUCUUUCAAAUGGGCGAAGAGAGGAAGCCGAAGCGAUAAUCAAGAAAGCUGCAAAGACCAAUGGUGCAGCAAUAAAUGACAAGAAUCUCGAGUCUUUGGAGACAAGUCUACCACCACAGACUAAGUCAGGGAGAAAGUGUAUCGGUGUGAACGUAUUGCAGUUGUUCAGUUCAUUGUCUAUGGCAGCGUUGUCCUUCAACGUUUGGUUUAAUUGGUUUGUUAAUGCCUUUGUGUAUUAUGGUCUUGCCUUUAACACUAGUAACUUGGGAGGAAGUCCCUAUAUCAACUUCUUUAUAUCUGGUUGUGUGGAGAUACCAGCGUACACGGUAUCUGUCCUUCUCUUAGAUAGGGUUGGACGAAAGCGGCUGCUCAUUGCGUUUAUGAUUAUGGGUGGCUUGGCGUGUAUCAUUAGCGCGUUCAUUCCCUUAGACUUAAUGUGGUUGAUCAUAACAUUCCAAAUGCUAGGAAAAUUCUCCAUCACUGCUUCGUAUGCUAUCAUCUAUCUCUAUGCAGCUGAGGUUUUCCCUACAUCAGUCAGGAAUAUUGGAAUGGGAAUUUCGUCAAUGUCUGCUCGUGUAGGCGGAAUUAUUGCUCCACUAGUAAUGCUUUUAACUGACACCUAUCAAUCGUUGCCGUUACUUCUUUUUGGCGGUACAUCAAUUUUGGCGGGUCUUUUGGUAAUUGCCCUGCCAGAAACGAUGGGCAGACCAUUACCAGAGACGAUAGAAGAUCUCCAGGCAAUGCAUUCAAAUAAAAAGAGUUACAAAAUGGAAGAGAAACAGAGUAAUAUCAUAAAUGAUAAUGCUGUUAGUGGUGAACUUUUAGCAAACGAUGAUGUGUAGCAAGAUUAGACAGAAGUAUGUUUGUUAUAUUGCGAUACCCCGUGCUUCACUGUUCCAUAACUAGUUACUUUGAUGGAACGUCAAUGUAACAAAAUGGAUGAACUUCCUCUUUGCGAGUCAAGCUGCAGAUUAUAAUUCGGCACAAAACUAUCGUCUAGUUAGUUUCUUCGAUUUGGAAUUUGCUUUGUUAAUGAAGUUGCAGUUUAUAUAUUUAGCCCCUCGCUUUUAUUACAUUAACGAGAGUCCGUUAUACCAAUGUAUGCUUCUUUGACGACUUACGUCAAGGUAACAAAACCGAUGAUCUAAAUGCAUGAAUUACACCUUUAUUUAAAAAUCCAAACCGAGAGCAUUUCUAAAAGCAAGACCAU